UCGCACCUCCAAUAAUUCAACCAACCUGAAAAUCCCACCACCGGACCUACGGUUUAAAUUUAAAGGGUAAGAGCUUUGAUUUCUGUUUUUGCAAUAGACAAACACAGGUAGCGGUUCAAAUUUAAAGGUAAGAGAUUUGAUUUCUGUUUUUGCAACAGAAAAACAAGAGCAAAAAUACAAAUACAAAGGAACUACAAUUGUUCACACGAAAGACAAGGAAGCGUUUUGGCUUUGAUGGAGAUGCAAAAUCAAAUGAUGUAUCGUGAAACUUGGAUGUAUGGACUACCACGGGCUAGCAGUGAAUAUUUACAUAACGUCAAGAAAUUUCUUAAAGUUGCUGAGGAUCAUCGGGUGCAUAGAGGAGAAUCUUACAUUUGGUGUCCUUGUAAAAUGUGCCGAAUUUGUAAAAAGGUCUAUGAUUUGGAUAUAAUAGAAGAACAUGUGAUAUGUGAAGGAUUUAUGAAUGGAUAUACGUGUUGGUCACAACAUGGCGAGUUAUUGAUUGAUCAUAACACAAUUGAUGUUGAAUCUAGUUACGAUGAUAUAGAUGAUUCAGAAGAUGACAUCCAUGAUAACCUAGAUGACAUGUUACAUGAUAUUGAAGAUAAUGUGCCUGAUAGAGAUUAUGAAAAAUUUCAACAGUUGUUUGAAGACGUUGAAAAACCGUUGUAUGACGGCUGCAUGAAAUUUUCCAAGCUUUCUGCUGUCCUGAAAUUGUUUAACCUAAAAGCAAAUAAUGGUUGGAGUGAUAAAAGUUUCAUAGAACUGUUAGGGGUUAUACAUGAAAUGCUCCCUGAAAGUAAUGAGUUGCCUGUUUCACUAUACCAAGCGAAAAAAAUAAUGUGUGCAAUGGAUUUGGAAAUCGAAAAAAUACAUGUAUGUCCAAAUGAUUGUAUGUUGUAUAGAAAUGAGCAUGCAAAUCUACAUGAAUGUAUUACAUGUGGAAGGUCGCGUUAUUUGUGGAAGAAACAAACAGAAUAUAAUAGUGAUGUGACAAAGAAUGGCCCCCCUGCCAAGUUAUUAUGGUAUUUGCCCAUUGUACCAAGACUGAAACGAUUGUUUGCAAAUGCCAAAGAUGCAGAAUUAUUACGUUGGCAUGCUGAGAAGCGUAAAAGAGAUGGAAAGAUGAGACACGUGGCUGAUGCUCCGCAAUGGAAGAACAUUGAUCAUGAAUUUGAAGAAUUUGGUAAUGAGAUUAGAAAUCUCCGAUUCGGACUUAGUGCAGAUGGAAUUAAUCCGUUCAAACACAUGAGAAGUAGUCACAGCACAUGGCCGGUUCUUCUUUGCAUAUACAAUCUUCCACCGUGGUUAUGUAUGAAACGGAAAUACAUCAUGAUGUCAUUGCUAAUUCAAGGUCCGAAACAACCCGGUAACGAUAUUGAUGUGUUUUUGGCUCCAUUAAUUAACGACAUGAAAGAAUUAUGGAACUCGGGAGUUGAAGUCUAUGAUGCAUUCAAGAAUGAGUAUUUCCAGCUACAUGCAAUGAUUUAUUGUACUAUAAGUGAUUUUCCAGCUUACGCAAAUUUGUCCGGAUAUAGUACAAAAGGAAAGAAGGCGUGUCCAGUUUGUGAAAAGGACACACAGUCGAUGUGGUUGAAAAAUUGUAAAAAAAAUGUAUACAUGGGACAUCGACGAUCACUUCCAAAGAAUCAUUUGUAUCGUACCCAGGGAAACUUGUUUGACGGUAAAACCGAGGAUGAAGAUAUGAAUCUCCCAAUGGAUGGAAAAAUGACAUUUUCCCAAGUUCAAAAUUUAAAGAUUGUUUUUGGAAAACGCAGUAAAAACAAUCAGCCGACCAAUUGGAAGAAAAGGUCUAUUUUUUGGGAAUUACCAUACUGGAAAACGUUGGAAGUCCGACAUUGUCUUGAUCCCAUGCAUAUUACGACAAAUGUUUCUGAAAGCUUAACAAGCUUGUUGUUGAACAUUCCAAAAAAAUCAAAGGAUGGGCUUAGUGUUCGAGAUGACAUGGUUGCAAUGGGAAUUCGUCCAGAGCUUGCUCCUAUUAAGAAAGAAGGAAGACGUACAUAUCUACCACCAGCUUGCUAUACAUUGUCUAAAGAUGAGAAAACAAAGUUUUGUAAAUGCCUACAUGGUAUCAAGGUGCCAUCUGGCUAUUCUGCAAACAUCAAGAAGUUGGUGUCAAUGAAAGACUUGAAAUUGAUUGGUAUGAAGUCACAUGAUUAUCAUGUUCUAAUCACACAUGUGAUUCCUAUUGCAAUUCGUGGAAUACUUCCGGACCAUGUCCGACAUACAAUAACAAAGCUUUGCUUGUUCUUCAACAUGAUUCAUUCGAAAGUGAUUGAUCCUGAAGUUUUGGACUCAUGGCAACAUGAUAUUAUCCUCACUCUCUGUGAACUUGAAAUGUACUUUCCACCUUCAUUUUUUGAUGUCAUGGUUCACCUUGUAUCCCAUAUUGUAAGAGAAAUAAAGGCUUGUGGUCCGGUGUUUCUGCGAUACAUGUACCCUUUCGAGAGAUAUAUGUGUGUCUUAAAAGGAUAUGUAAGGAACCGACAUCGACCAGAAGGCAGUAUUGUUAGAGGAUAUGCUGCAGAGGAAGUGAUUGAGUUUUGUACAAACUAUCUCAAAGGAGUCAACACUAUUGGAAUACCGCAAUCACAUCAUGAAGGUAGACUUCAAGGAGUUGGUAUAAUUGGAUCGAAAGUGGUAAUUCCUGAUCGAGACGAAUUCCACAUGGCACACUUUACAGUCCUGCAACACAUGACAUCUGUUGCUCCUUAUGCAAAGGAACACAUGGAAAUGUUACGAUCAAGAAAUAGUAGGAGGACCGAAAAAUGGUUAGCUAACGAGCAUAUUAAAAAAUUUCCACAAUGGUUGAAAGAUAAGGUGAAAGUAAGCUUAAGGACAAAAGAUGUUGAUAGAUUAGUGCAGGUGUUGGGGUAUGGUCCGCAAAAUGCUGUGUCAACAUAUCAAAGCUAUGACAUUAAUGGGUAUACAUUUUAUACCCAAAACCAGGAUAGAAAGAGCACACUACAAAAUAGUGGAGUGACGCUAAUAGCCAUGUCGACCGAAUACUCUAGUGCAAAUCAUGAGGGAAGGUCACGUAUAGCCAAAGACUCGUAUUAUGGUGUCAUUCAAGAAAUUUGGGAAUUGAACUAUGAUUCCUCGGUUGUAGUACCUGUGUUCAAGUGUAAGUGGGUUGACAAUAGAAGAGGUGUUAAAGUUGAUGAAGACGGUUUCACACUUGUCAAUCUUUCUACAAACGGUUAUGUAUCUGAACCAUUUAUUCUAGCUAAGCAAGGUAACCAAGUAUUCUUUGUUGAGGACCCAAUGGACACGAGAUGGCACAUUGUUCUUCAUGGUAAACGACGUAUACUCGGAGUUGAAAAUGUCGUGGACGAGGAAGAAUAUAACCAGUUUGACGACCUACCUCCAUUUUCUAUUGGUAUUCCAUCUAUGAAUGUAGAUAUUAAUGACGCUGCUUACUUAAGAUUGGACCAUAACGAAGGAUCAUAUGUUGAAGAAAGCAACACAGACGGACACGACACUGAAGGACAAUAA